AUGGAGAAUUAUUCCGAUCAGUCAUUAAAGAAAGACGAUUCGAUUGGAGAUAUUUUCGUUGAUAGUUUCUUUCAUCGGCCGAAUUUACUCACUUUAUUUCUUUUCUUUAUUCCCUCAUUCUUUCUGUCUGACUUUCGUCUAUUUUCUUUUUUCUUUCUUUCUUUCUUUCUUUCUUUCUUUCGUUAUUUAUUUAUUUAUUUAUUUCUCAUUUUACUUUAUUUACCUUUAUUUUCUUAUUCUUUUUUCAUAUUACCGUUAUUUUUUCUUUCUUUCGUUUAUUCCCUUCUUCUUGCUUUCUUUCAUUCCCAUUUUCCUUUACUUUCUUUUCCUUUCUUUCCUCUCUUUCUUUAUUUCUUUAUUAUAUCUUUCUUUCUUGUUUUCUUUUCCUUUUUUAUUUCUUUAUUUCCUUAUUCAUUCAUUCUUUCUCACUUUCUUUUAUUUUCUUUCUUUCUUUUUUAUUUACUUAUUCUAUCUUCCUUUUUCAUUUUGUUUAUUUUCUUUUUUCUUUCUUUCUUUCGUUCUCAUUUUCGAUUAUUUUCUUUUUUCUUUCUUUCGUUUAUUUCCUUGUUCUUUCUUUCUAAUUUUCCUUUAUUUUCUUUCUAUCUUUCUUUCUUUUAUUUACUUAUUCAAUUAUUCUUUCUUAUUUUUGUUUAUUUUCCUUUUCUUUCAUUCUUUAUUUCUUUAUUCUUUCUUUCUUUUUUUCUCACUUUCGUUUAUUUUCCUUUUCUUUCAUUCUUUAUUUCUUUUAUUCUUUCUUUCUUUUUUCUCACUUUCGUUUAUUUUCCUUUUCUUUCAUUCUUUAUUUCUUUAUUCUUUCUUUCUUUUUUUUCUCACUUUCGUUUAUUUUCCUUUUCUUUCAUUCUUUAUUUCUUUAUUCUUUCUUUCUUUUUUUCUCACUUUCGUUUAUUUUCCUUUUCUUUCAUUCUUUAUUUCUUUAUUCUUUCUUUCUUUUUUUCUCACUUUCGUUUAUUUUCCUUUUCUUUCAUUCUUUAUUUCUUUAUUCUUUCUUUCUUUUUUUCUCACUUUCGUUUAUUUUCCUUUUCUUUCAUUCUUUAUUUCUUUAUUCUUUCUUUCUUUUUUUCUCACUUUCGUUUAUUUUCUUUUUUCUUUCUUUAUUUCAUUAUUCUUUCUUUCUUUCUUCUUCUUCUAUCUAUCUAUCUAUCUAUCUAUCUAUCUAUCUAUCUAUCUAUUUCAGCCUGUCCUUAUCUAUCUAUCUACCUAUCUAUAAAUAUUCUGUUUUUAUCUAUCUAUCUAUCUAUCUAUCUAUCUAUCUAUCUAUCUAUCUAUCUAUCUAUCUAUCUCAGCAUGUUCUUAUGUAUCUAUCUAUCUAUCUAUCUAUCUAUCUAUCUAUCUAUAUAUAUAUAUAUAUAUAUCUCCGGCCAUUAUCUAUCUAUCUAUCUAUCUAUCUAUCUAUCUAUCUAUCUAUCUAUCUAUCUCAUUCUGUUCAUCUAUCUAUCUAUCUAUCUAUAUGUCUAUCUAUCUAAGCCUAUUCCUCUAUUCUGUUCAUAUCUAUCUAUCUAUCUAUCUAUCUAUCUAUCUAUCUAUCUAUCUAUCUAUUUCAGUCUGUUCAUAUCUAUCUAUGUAUCUCAGUCUGUUCAUAUCUAUCUAUCUAUCUAUCUAUCUAUCUAUCUAUCUAUCUAUCUAUCUCAGUCUGUUCAUAUCUAUCUGUCAAUCUAUCUAUCUCAUCUGUUCAUAUCUAUCUAUCUAUCUAUCUAUCUAUCUAUCUAUCUAUUUCAGUCUGUUCAUAUCUAUCUAUGUAUCUCAGUCUGUUCAUAUCUAUCUAUCUAUCUAUCUAUCUAUCUCAGUCUGUUCAUAUCUAUCUGUCAAUCUAUCUAUCUCAGUCUGUUCAUAUCUAUCUAUGUAUCUCAGUCUGUUCAUAUCUAUCUAUCUAUCUAUCUAUCUAUCUAUCUCAGUCUGUUCAUAUCUAUCUAUGUAUCUCAGUCUGUUCAUAUCUAUCUAUCUAUCUAUGUAUCUAUCUAUCUAUCUAUCUAUCUCAGUCUGUUCACAUCUAUCUAUGUAUCUCAGUCUGUUCAUAUCUAUCUAUCUAUCUAUCUAUCUAUCUAUCUAUCUAUUCUCUUCUAUCAACAUAUCUAUUUCACUCUGCUUGUGCAUCUAUAUAUCUGUCUCAGUCUUUUUUUCUAUAAAUAUUUGCUGAUCUGUCUGUCUAUCUAUCUAGCUAGCUAUCUAUUUUUUAUCUAUCUAAUCUGUUUCUUUCACAAUCUCUUCAUCUAUCUAGGUAUCUAUCUGUCUAUUUCACUCUGUUCAUGUAUCUAUCUAACUACCUAUCUCAAUCAUUUUGCCACUGUUAAUAUCAAUUCGUAUAUGUUUCGAUCUCAAUCUUUUCUAAUCUAUCGCCCGAUUGACCUCGGUCUGUACACAUUCCUUUCAUCUAGCCCCCGGCCCACACGGCACCCAAUCCCCCGUCUCUCUCUCUCUCUCUCUCUCUCUCUCUCUCUCUCUCUCUCUCUCCCCAUACAUGCACACGCACGCAUAUUUCAUGUAAAAGAAGCAUUUGUUGGCGUUUCCUACACCCACACUUGA